UCGGUUCUUGUUAUGGGUAUAAUGGAGUUGUUUGCUGGGUGCCGUGGCGCGUCCCGGUCAUUGCGCCGAUCCGUUCCAUCGGCGAUGCAGUUUUUCCUCCUUUUUUCCUGCUUUUUAGUUGCAGGUAUUUUUGCUUCGCAGAUCUCUGCGGAGCACGGCGAAACAGAGACGUAUAGCGAGCUACGCAGCAAGGGAAAGGAUCCUACUGAGCAAGUACAGGGCGAGGAGUACGACCCCAUUGAGCAGGUACAGGGCGAGGAGCACGACCCCAUUGAGCAGGUGCAAGGGGAGGAGUACGACCCUAUUGAGCAGGUACAGGGCGAGGAGUAUGACCCUAUUGAGCAGGUACAGGGUGAGGAAUAUGACCCUAUUGAGCAGGUACAGGGUGAGGAGUAUGACCCUAUUGAGCAGGUACAGGGCGAGGAGUAUGACCCUAUUGAGCAGGUACAGGGCGAGGAGCACGACCCCAUUGUGCAGGGCGAGGAGCACGACCCCAUUGUGCAGGGCGAGGAGCACGACCCCAUUGCGCAGGGCGAGGAGCACGACCCCAUUGCGCAGGACGAGGAGCACGACCCCAUUGUGCAGGGCGAGGAGCAUGACCCUAUUGAGCAGGUGCAGGGCGAGGAGCACGACCCUAUUGAGCAAGUGCAGGGCGAGGAGCACGACCCCAUUGUGCAGGGCGAGGAGCACGACCCUAUUGAGCAGGGCGAGGAGCACGAUCCCAUUGUGCAGGUGCAGGGCGAGGAGCACGACCCCAUUGAGCAGGUGCAGGGCGAGGAGCACGAUACCAUUCAGCAGGUUGAGACAGAGAUACACAGUGAGGAAAAUGUUCCGGUUCAACCUCCAAUACAACCAAGGCCUUACCCUGUGAAGUUUAUUCCGCCUUACGGCAUCCCAGUGCCUGUCACUCCCUUUCCUUUCAAGCUGCUUAGCCCUCGGGUGAUCCCUGUCAACGCGCCCGUGCCGCCUGAGCUCCAAAAGGUCAUGAAUCCCAAGCCUGUUCCUAUGCCCCGGCCGCUACCCAUUAGUCUUGCUGCAGCGGUCCGCGUGUUGUGCAGCGAAAACAAAAUGUACGUGAGGGUAAGGACUGACCUGUACGGAUUCAAGUGUAAAGCAGGCCAGUUGACUCUGGGGACCAGCUGCAGAAGCAAUGGAGUCUCUGGUGGGUAUCUUCUCUUUACAUACGGCCUCAAAGAAUGUGGAAGCCAGGCGUCUGUGAGUAUCCCAUGCUGUAGAGAGUUCUGACUUUACAUAUUUCUA